AUGGCCCAGUCCGCCGAAACAUCGUUUGCCGAAGUUAUCGGGGACUUGAUCCUCAUGACUUUGUGUACCGGCAUUCUUAUUCCAAUUACUAUCCAGCUAUUUGUGUUGCGAUCUAGAAUGUGGAGGUCACCAAUAUUCAUCGCCAAUAUAUGCUCUCUUUCGAUGGGAUUUGUCUUUGGCGGUCUGGCUAUUGCAUUUCUGGUGACAAUUUUGGGAAGAUCCGUUCCUUCCAAGAUCGUACUUGCAAUCAGUAUCAUCAAUUUCCUGAUCCCCGUCACCGUCUCAGUUGUCCUGUUCAUCCGACUUCUUGCCGUCUAUCCUCCGCGCACUCUCAGCAAGACAAGACUCGUCCUAGUCUAUGCUCCAUUCCUUCUCGGAUUGCUCGCGCGUUGCGUAAUGGCAGGCCUGAUCUGGUGGAAGACAGUAGCAGGCAUCGAGGACUCAGAGACCUCACUUGAGUUAUGGCAAGUCACAUGGACUCUGCCGUACCCCAAAGUCGAAUGGGGUCUUGAGCUCUUCUGUGACACGUAA